CUCUGUCAGCUGACUGUGGUGCCGUGUGCUGCUGCUCCCGUUGCGUUAUUUUACGGGUGUCAUACAGCAACCGCCCCCAAAAUUGCUCCUGCUGUUUGCCGUAUCGCGUCGUGCGUCGCCCGCAGGGUUUUGGCGCGGUUUGCGUUGGGCCAUAACGCUAUCCCACUCUCUUCAACAAUGCCGUCGAGCAGCGGAGUGAGCUUCACUCGCGGAGCGCACACGCUCGGCAUUCCGCGCGAGUUACACGCGUUGAACCGUCGAAGACUGUGCGAGAAGCUGCGAAAUACCCUCGGCAACACGGAUGGCUCCUUCGUGGUCCUGCAAGGCGGCGAGUCGACGACCCAGUACUGUUCUGACCGGGAGCCCGUGUUUCGUCAGGAGUCCUAUUUCCACUGGGCGUUCGGCGUCGAGGAGCCAGAUUACUUGGGCGCCGUGGACGUGGCUCAAGGUCUGUCCUACUUGUUUAUGCCGCGGCUACCGGCCAGCUACGCAGUCUGGAUGGGCCGCCUGCCGACUCUCGAGGACGUGCGUGCGCGCUACGGCGUCGACGAGGUAUUCUACAACGACACGGUGGGCGACAACCUGCGGACGAAAGGGGCCCGCACGCUGCUUACGCUGCGUGGACGCAACAGCGACAGCGGUAAGAUGUCCGCCGAGGCCAAGUUUCCCGGCAUGGAGGGCUUCAAGGUAGACGCCGGGCCGCUCUUCGAAGCGAUGGCCGAGCUGCGCGUAUUCAAGACUCCCCUCGAGAUGGAGGUCCUGCGGUACGCCAACCGCGUGAGCAGCGAGGCGCACAAGGAGGUGAUGCGCCGCAUCCGACCAGGCAUGUACGAGUACCAGCUCGAGGCUCUGUUCAUGCAGAAGUGCUACGGUGACGGCGGCGCGAGGCAUGUGUCGUACACCUGCAUCUGCUGCAGUGGUUCCAACGGCGCCGUUCUACACUAUGGCCACGCAGGCGCACCCAACGAUUCGCCCAUCGCGGACGGCGACAUGUGCCUCUUCGAUAUGGGCUGCGAGUACUACUGCUACACGUCGGACAUCACCUGCUCGUUCCCGGCCAACGGCCGGUUCACGGCCGACCAGCGAGGUGUGUACGACGCCGUGCUGGCGGCCAGCCGGGCCGUUCUGGACGCGAUCCGGCCAGGUGUUUCGUGGCCCGACAUGCACCGGCUCGCCGAGCGGCGCAUGCUGGAAGCGCUGCGCGCCAUGGGCGUACUCAGAGGCGACGUGGACGCCAUGAUGGAGGCCCGACUAGGCGCCACCUUCAUGCCGCACGGCCUCGGCCACUUCAUGGGACUGGACGUCCACGACGUGGGAGGUUACUUGAGCGCCGACCCUCCGCGGCUCGCGGAGCCCGGACUGCGCUCCCUGCGGACGGCGCGCACGCUGCAGGAGGGCAUGGUGCUCACCGUCGAGCCCGGGUGCUACUUCAUCGACACGCUUCUGGACGAAGCCCUGAGGUCGCCUAAGCUGUCCGCGUUCCUGGUGCCGGACGUGCUGCAGCGAUUCCGCAACUUUGGCGGCGUUCGCAUCGAGGACGACGUACUCAUCACGGCCGACGGCCACGAGAUGCUCACGCAGGUGCCUCGCACCGUCGAAGAGAUCGAGGCGCUCAUGGCCGAAGGCCGUCGCUGACUGUACUGUGUGGCUCAUGCGGAGCUUAUGUGGCCAAGCACUGUGGAGCUGCAUGCGAACGCCUGUCGGUAGCUUGCAAUAUUGUAUAAAUGCAGCUUUCUCUAUUUUUACUUGUGCGUUGGUUGACCGAACUGUACUGUUCAUAGUCGGUGAAAAUGGCCAGGCCUGCAGCUUUUGUACUUUGUUGGACAAACAAAAUACGUCGUUUGUACUGAGAUUACUAUAAAGCAAAGUCUGCUCACUUUCAUGUUUUCUUAAGGACUUUGGAUGUUUUAAGUUCCGUCGUAAUGUGCAGCUUUGUCUAAAUUCUCGUUUAGAAAUUGCUAAAAGAAAAUUUUUAUCAGCCUCUGUCCUGCAUAUUUCUUAUGGAUUAGGUAUUACUUAAUAAAUAUAUUUUUAAAUAUU